AAGAGACGUCUCGCGCCGAGAUGGCGAGCACGGAGGCGCGGCUCGCCGCGGCGAACGUCGAGCUCUCGCGCCUGCGCGCUGGCCGCGAGGCGAGGGCCUCGUGCGCGGAGGCCGAGAUUGCGGCGGCGCAGGCGCGGCUCGAGGCGGCGGCGCUGCGCGAGAGGCUGUGUGCGGCAGUCGACCGCGCCACUUUGACGCGAGAGGUGCGGGCGCUGGACGAGCAGCACGCAGCCGCAGGAGGGGGCCCUCCCGCCGGAGCACCGCCUGUGCAGCGCGGGGUGGUGUCCUUGGGCGAGUUUGCUGCGGCCGAGGCGCAGUCUGCGCUCGAGAGCCAGAGGCGGCUUGCGCGGCUGGAGAGGCUCGAGGAGGUGGCCGAGGCGGCGGCGAAGCGCUUUGCGGCGCUGGCUCGGGUGAAGGGGCGACGCAUAGAGGCCCCGCGGGUCGCACCGGCGCGCGCAGUCUCAUGACGAGUCAUGUUUCUCAUUGGUCAAUCGAUUUUGGGUCACAUGUUCUCACGGUUUCUCACACUCCCCUCUCCCCCCCGUCACACGCAUACAUACAUGCAUGUUGUGCAUGAUGUCUCAUGUGCGGAGGGGGAGUCGUUGUUGCUUUUCUCUCCGCCAAAUCACUGUGAGAGUCGU